AUGAAGCUAUCAGGUUCAGUCACCGUGGGUUUGGCGAGCUGCGCAUUCGCCCAUAAAUCUCAAAUUGACUACAACUCCGCUCCCCCAAACCUUUCUACCUUGUCAAAUGCAUCCCUUUUCGACACAUGGAGACCCAAGGCCCAUCUGCUCCCUCCAUCUGGAAAGAUAGGCGACCCUUGUGGUCAUUACACCGAUCCUAAGACUGGCCUCUUCCAUGUGGGCUGGCUUCACAACGGAAUUUCAGGAGCUACGACCGAUGAUCUUGCUACCUACAAAGAUCUCAAUCCCGAUGGAGCCCCUUCGAUCAUUCCGGGAGGAAAGAACGACCCCCUUGCCGUUUUCGACGGUUCCGUCAUUCCAAGUGGUAUCAACGGGAUGCCAACUCUUCUAUAUACUUCUGUAUCAUAUCUCCCAAUUCACUGGUCUAUUCCCUACACCCGGGGAAGCGAGACCCAAUCACUAGCCGUUUCCUAUGAUGGUGGACGCAAUUUCACCAAACUUAACCAAGGCCCGAUGAUCCCCUCGCCUCCGUUUGCUGUUAAUGUCACCGCUUUCCGUGACCCUUACGUUUUCCAGAGUCCAGCUCUGGACACAGCUGCCAACAGUACACAAGGAACUUGGUAUACCGCCAUCUCUGGCGGUGUCCACGAUGUUGGACCUUGCCAGUUUCUCUACCGCCAACACGAUGCGGAUUUCCAAUAUUGGGAAUAUCUCGGGCAAUGGUGGAAUGAGCCCGCCAAUACAACUUGGGGAACUGGUGACUGGGCCGGAGGUUGGGGAUUCAACUUUGAGGUUGGCAACGUUUUCAGUCUGAACGCAGACGGGUACAGCGAGGACGGCGAAAUCUUCAUGACCCUCGGUACUGAGGGUUCCGAGCUCCCCAUCGUUCCUCAAGUCUCUUCAAUUCAUGAUAUGCUGUGGGUGGCCGGAAAGGUCACAAAUGAUGGCUCGAUCACCUUCAAGCCAACCAUGGCGGGUGUGCUUGACUGGGGCCUGUCGGCGUACGCUGCUGCGGGUAAGGUUUUGCCAGCGAGCUCUCAGGCUGCUAUAAAGAGCAGUGCACCCGAUCGUUACAUUACCUACAUCUGGCUCACUGGAGAUUUCUAUGAGCUAGCGAAAGGAUUCCCUACCGCUCAACAGAACUGGACAGGAACCCUCUUGCUCCCGCGGGAGCUCAAUGUCCGCACUAUCCCCAAUGUGGUAGAUAACAAACUUGCGCGUGAGUCGUUGUCAUCGUGGCGUGUGGCCCGCAAGGGACAUGGUCAAAUUGACCUCGAGACUAUGGGAAUCUCAAUUGCUAGAGAGACCUACAGCGCCCUGACGUCUGGAUCGUCUUUUGUGGAGUCUGGUCGAACAUUAUCAAAGGCUGGAUCGGUAACAUUCAACACCUCACCCUCAACCAAGUUCUUCGUCCUCACAGCCAAUGUCACUUUCCCGAAGUCUGCUCGUGAUUCCGAUAUUCAAGCCGGUUUCCAGAUAUUGUCCUCCAAUCUUGAAUCCACAACUAUCUACUAUCAAUUCUCCAACGAGUCCAUCAUCGUCGACCGUAGCAAGACAAGUGCUGCAGCGCAAACGACUGAUGGAAUUAGCAGUGACAAUGAGGCAGGCCGUCUGCGGCUCUUUGACAUCUUGCACAACGGACAAGAACAAAUUGAGACAUUGGAGCUCACCGUUGUGGUGGAUAAUGGAGUCCUAGAAGUAUAUGCCAAUGGACGCUUUGCUCUAAGCACUUGGGCUCGGUCAUGGUACGCCAACUCGACUGAAAUUAACUUCUUCCACAACGGCGUGGGAGAAGCGACAUUUGGAGAUGUGACGGUUUUUGAGGGACUGUACGAUGCCUGGCCACAAAGGAAGUGA